GAACCCCACGGCGGCAGAAGCUCGUGGAGCCCGGCUUGUUAGGCUUGUAGAGUCGUCUGCGCCGCUUGGUCCCAGUCCCCCUCGGCGUUUUCAGGGCCAGCCUACCUCGCCCCUUGGCGCCAUGACCACUACCACCACCUUCAAGGGUGUGGACCCUAACAGCAGGAACAGCUCCCGGGUUUUGCGGCCUCCAGGUGGUGGGUCCAAUUUUUCAUUAGGCUUUGAUGAGCCAACAGAACAGCCUGUGAGGAAGAACAAGAUGGCUUCUAACAUCUUUGGGACACCUGAGGAGAACCCCCCAUCUUGGGCCAAGUCAGCAGGUGCCAAGUCUAGUGGUGGCAGGGAAGAGUCGGAGUCGCCUGGAACACAGAGAAGUAACUCUUCUGAAGCAAACUCUGGAGAUUUCUUAGACCUCAAGGGAGAAGGAGAUAUGCACGAAAACGUGGACACAGACUUCCAAGCCAACCUGGCGCAGAUGGAAGAGAAGCCGGUGCCCGCUGCUCCCGUGCCCAGCCCAGUGGCUCCGGCCCCGGCGCCAUCCAGGAGAAACCCCCCCGGCGGCAAGUCCAGCCUGGUCUUGGGUUAGCUUCUUGUGUUGGAACUCUGUCCUUCCGUUUGUUUGUUUUUCCAUGCUUGUGAACUGCACAGCGUGAGCCUGGCUGUACAUCCUUCAGAUUUGUUCAUUAAAGGAGAAGCACUUUAUGUACCGCUGUCUUCCCUGCUUUCUUUCUUUCUUCUGUUUCCUUCUGUCUGUCUGACUCCUGGGUCUGGGCCAUGGCAUGAGUGUUUUCUAGUAGUAGACUGGAGUAGUAGACUGUUUUAAGAAGAAAUGAUCUGGUUCCUGAUGUGUAGACUCUUAUGUACCAGGUUUUUGACACUGUCCUUGGCUUUAUUGUGAUGGGACAGAUAGCAGCCACAGGCACUGCCCGGCAGCCCCUGCUCCCAGCUGUCCACAGGGCGAGCACCACUGCGCUCUCCUUGCUGUUGCCCCACCAUCAGUGUCCGUUGCUAAGUGUCCCUUCCUGUGCACAUGGAGUGGUCAAAGCAGCUGCACCUCACAUCCUGCUGCCUGCAGAGGAGCUGCCUUUCAUACCCUGAGGAUGCCAGCGGCCACUGCAACUGGCCAGCUGCUGGGCAGAGCAGAGGAUGGCUGCAGGUAUACAAGCAAGCUACCUGGAAUUGCAAGAUGAAGCACACAAGGAAGGCUAUAGGCGCCCGUCCCACCCAUGGGGACCUCCUAAUGGAGGAACUCUGCUGUGUGCUGACGCUGGUGCUUGACCGUGAGGAAAGUCUCAUCCUUGACAUCUGUACUUCUGUGGACUGUUGCUUAAAGUAAACAACUCCCACCUUUUGAA